GGCGGCGGCGGCGGGAUGGGCAUCGCGGGGCCCGGCGGCGGCGGCGGCGGCGGCGGCGACUCCUCCAAGCAGCCGCGCAUCCUGCUGAUGGGGCUGCGGCGCAGCGGGAAGUCCUCGAUCCAGAAGGUGGUCUUCCACAAGAUGUCCCCCAACGAGACGCUCUUCCUGGAGAGCACCACCAAGAUCCACAAGGACGACGUCUCCGGCAGCUCCUUCGUGAACUUCCAGAUCUGGGACUUCCCCGGCCAGAUGGACUUCUUCGACCCCGCCUUCGACUACGAGAUGAUCUUCCGCGGCACCGGCGCCCUCAUCUACGUCAUCGACGCCCAGGACGACUACAUGGAGGCGUUAACCAGGCUCCAUAUCACCGUUUCCAAAGCUUACAAAAUCAAUCCAGAAAUGAACUUUGAGGUUUUUAUUCAUAAAGUGGAUGGCUUAUCAGACGACCAUAAGAUUGAGACUCAGAGAGACAUCCAUCAGAGAGCGAACGACGAUCUGGCUGAUGCUGGCUUAGAGAAACUGCAUCUUAGCUUUUAUUUGACCAGCAUCUACGAUCACUCAAUAUUUGAGGCCUUCAGUAAGGUGGUGCAGAAGCUCAUUCCACAGCUGCCCACUUUGGAAAACUUGCUGAAUAUCUUUAUAUCAAAUUCGGGGAUUGAGAAAGCUUUUCUUUUUGACGUUGUCAGCAAGAUCUAUAUUGCAACAGACAGCUCCCCUGUUGACAUGCAGUCCUACGAGCUGUGUUGUGACAUGAUUGACGUUGUCAUUGACGUUUCUUGUAUAUAUGGGUUAAAAGAAGAUGGCAGCGGUAGCGCAUACGACGAGGAAUCUAUGGCAAUUAUUAAACUCAACAACACAACUGUUUUAUAUUUAAAAGAAGUGACAAAAUUUCUAGCCUUGGUGUGUAUUCUUCGAGAGGAAAGCUUUGAACGCAAAGGCUUAAUAGACUACAAUUUCCACUGCUUCCGCAAGGCCAUCCACGAGGUCUUUGAAGUGGGCGUUUCCUCGCAUCGCCCCUGCGGCCAUCAAGCAAGCAUUCCCGGUCUGAAAGCAGUGGCUCACAAUGGCACCCCGAAGGAGGACUGAGUC